CAUUUUGAAACGGCAGUGCUUUUUGUUCGUGUGGAGCGUUAGCUCGUUGCAGCGAUAAGACUGUGUUAUAGCAAAGUUUAGUUUUAAUUUGUAAGAACUUAAGCAAAAUGAGCUGGCAAGAUUAUGUUGACAAACAGUUAAUUGCAUCCAGGUGUGUUACAAAGGCUGCAAUUGCCGGUCAUGAUGGAAAUGUCUGGGCCAAGUCCGAAGGCUUCGACAUAUCAAAAGAUGAAGUUGCGAAAAUCGCGGCUGGCUAUGAAAAUGAAUCACUCCUUACAAGCGGCGGCGUGACGAUAGCGGGCACGCGGUACAUCUACCUCAGUGGCACAGACCGCAUCAUACGCGCAAAGCUCGGCAAAGUCGGCGUGCAUUGCAUGAAAACGCAGCAAGCCAUCGUAAUUUCUCUCUACGAAGAACCCAUUCAACCCCAACAAGCUGCAUCCGUAGUUGAGAAGUUAGGAGACUAUUUACUUACCUGUGGUUAUUAGAGAUCGAAGCGCGCCGUGAUCUAAGAAUACGAUAAGAUAAUAUUUUUUCCACAGGGAAAUAAGUAACUGCAUUUUGUAUAUUCUAUAAAAGUGAUAAGGAUCGUUCAUUGGUUUUGAUAUUCGAUAAAUUAUGGCGCCAUCAGUGUCUGAUGCGCUUAGUAACUGUGUGCAGAUACAAUUACUUUGCGGAUUCUGGACCCUUUUUUACACGCUCACCGCUUCCACAGAGUAAUUGUUACUGUAGUGUGGUUUAAAUUUAUAUUUUAAAAAUUUGCUUUUAUUGACCGAUGCAGUGAAGCGAUUUCAGUUUUGCUAGCGGGUCUUAAAGUAUGAUGUAUAGAGAUUUUUUUAUUUCUUUUCAAGCAUUCUGACACCUAUCAAUUUUUAUAUGUAUUCCUUUUUAUUGAUUUUUAAAUACACUAGUAUUAUAAAAAAGUGUAAGAGCCGUUCGCAAAUCGAGUUAAGUUUUUGCUUACAGAUGCUUGAUAAGAAAUCACUAUAACCACGUAAUGAAAUUACUGUAACAAUAUACAACAUAAUUAUAUAUGUAAUUACAAAUAGGCAUUUGUGUAAGGGCUUGUUAUGAAAUGAAAGACACUGUAACCCAAGUAAAAAUAUUACAUUUUUAAUGAAAAAUCUCUAGUCCCACUGGAACCAUCGUGUGAAAAGUAUAUUCAAUAAUAUAAUGAAGUGAGCGUGCGGUCUCGGGGCGGCGCGCGUCUCUCGCGAGUUUGUGCACGCCAACAAUUUUUGCUAUGCUUCUUUUUGAUUAUUCCGCAAAUAAUAUAAUCUUGUGUAGUGAAAAAUAAACAUUUGCAUUCUGUUUAAACUCUUAGCUGCAGUAACUAGAAGCGCUCAAUUAUUAUUAUUAUUACCCUGUAUCCUCCAACAAGGCUUGCAGUAAACGAAGGGUGCAUAUUGUUUAUAUUUGAUAUUACUACUAUAGCUUUGUACAUUGUUUCUGAUAAGCGAUGGGAACUGUGUCUAUCUAAUAAUAAAAUGAUUUGUAUUAUA